AUGUGGAAAAAUUAUCGAGCUCUUCUAGGAAGGGUACGAAACUUCACCACUGCCAAUAUGUCGGUGAAUGGAGCAAAGGUGACGGAAGGUUCUGCAACUAUCCUUUUUAAUGAUCCUGAUGAGGUCUUUUACAAUCCUGUUCAACAAUUUAAUCGCGAUAUGAGCACUACUGCCAUUCGCACAUGGGCAGAAAACCGCGACGAAAAAGCGGUGUUGAAAGCAAAGCAUCGUCAGGAAAUCAUCGAAGCACAUGAAAAAAAGGAUGAAAAUGAAGAUAAAGGAAAGUCAGAAAAUCCCUCUCCGUCCCGUAGUGAAGAAACUACUGCUCCUGCCAAAAACUCUGAAAAUAAUACUGGAACGGAUGGGAGCAGUAACGUUGGAUUUAACGUCUUAGAAGCAUUGUCUGCUACUGGUUUGCGUGCCAUUCGUUAUGCUAAAGAAUUACCCAACGUAAAAAAGAUUUUAGCAAACGACUUGCUUGCUCGUGCAGUCGAAGCUAUCGAUGCUAAUGUUAAGCGCAACGAUGUUUCUCACAUCGUAGUUCCUAAUAAAGGAGAUGCAAAUUCUGUUAUGCAUUCAUUUAAGAAUCAGUACGACGUGAUUGACUUGGAUCCUUAUGGUACAGCUACUCCUUUCUUGGAUUCAGCAGUACAGUCCGUCGCAAACAAUGGUUUGCUUUGUAUCACUUGUACAGACUCCGCUGUGCUUGCAGGCAAUGCUUAUCCAGAGAAGUGCUUCUCCAAUUACGGCGGAACUUCACUACGGUCUGAUUUCUGUCACGAACAGGCUGUCCGUCACCUUCUAUAUGCUAUUGCUGCGGCAGCAGCUAAAUAUGGACGUGCUAUUAAGCCUAUGUUGUCUCUUAGUGUUGAUUUCUACUUUCGUGUAUUCGUGCAAGUAGAGACAAAACCAGCUCUUGUUAAGGAUCUCCAUAGACAGUCUGCACUCAUUUAUCACUGUUCGGGAUGCGGAAGUAAUGCCCUUCAGUAUAUGGGUAAGACGGUUCCGGGAAGGAUACCUGGAAGUACGAAAUACACAAAUGCUACCGGUCCUCCGGUCGCCGCAAAUUGUGAGCAUUGUGGAUAUGUGCAUCAUGUGGGUGGUCCGGUUUGGGGAGGUCCCUUGCAUGAUGCAGAAUUUGUCGAAAGGAUGAGAAAGAUUGCUGAAAGUUUGGAUGAAAAAACAUAUGGAACCAAACGCCGCAUAUUGGGAAUGUUAGCAGUAGUCGCUGAAGAAUUGUCUGAUAAACCUUUCUACUUUAUUAUAUCUCAAAUUGCUAGUGUUCUACGUGCUCAAUCACCUCCCCAGAGCACCUUUGUUUCUGCGUUGCUUAAUGCAGGUUAUCGUGCUUCUGGAUCUCACGCAAAAAGUAACGCCAUCAAAACGGAUGCGCCAUGGUCUUAUAUAUGGGAUAUUAUGAGAGCUUGGGUAGCGGAGCAUCCGGUGAACUCUAGCAACAUUAAGCCAAACUCUGCAGGUUCCAUGAUUCUUAAAAAAGAAUGUUCUUCUCAGGUUGAUUUCACUUUACAGCCUGGUGCUGAGUUCUCCUCUAAAAAAGGCGGAUACACUCGUUAUCAAAUGAACCCUACUGAAAAUUGGGGUCCUAAGGCGAAAGCUGGUAAAAGAAAAAUAGCUGAAACAGACGGGCCAGCUAAGGAAUAA